CUCCAGUACUGCAAUGAAGUGGGAAAGAAACUAAAAGCUAGUGGUAUUCGGGUCGAGGUCUGCAGUGGCGAACGCCUACCAAAACUCAUUAGGAAUGCAGAGAAGCAGAAGAUACCAUUGAUGGCUGUAGUUGGGCCCAAAGAGGUAGAAACACAAACUGUAACUGUUAGAUCUAGGUUUGCUGGGGAGUUGGGGAACAUGUCCAUUGAUGAAUUUAUCAGUAGAACAAAGAAUGCAAGUGAAAACCGGACAUUCUUAUGAUCAGGAUUCAGGAGCAUGGUAUUUAAAACGUUUGGGAGUGGCUCUCCUAAAUUAUAAGUCAUUCUUGUAUGAUUUAAACAUAGUUUUGAACCACAGAGCAAUAGAGAGAGGAAAAUAAAGGAAUACAGGAAUUCUACUUUCUACUUGAA